AUGGACAGAGAAAAUAUUGCGGAUUUAGUCCACCAGCUUAACGAUGUUGAGCUUGCCGUGCUGUUGUCACUAGUCACUAGAAAGCAUUGUAUUCUGACGACGGAGCCAGGAUGCUUGGAGCUUUUGCGGCAGCAGCUUGAGCUAGUGAGUGUUCAUCCGAAGCCUUGGGGUCUUUCUAAUCUUUGGGCAGCUCGGGCCAGCGGUAUUUGGACUUACGGUAGCGGUUGUUCGGUGCACCCCCGAUACCACUCUUGAUGAUUUUAUAGAACCAUUACUACUCGAUGAAACUCGACCUUCGCCCACCUCACAUGGCAUAUCGCCUGUGAAUAGCCAUGAAGUAGUUGAGCUCUUUUCCCCUCGUUUACUCCAGCUUAUGGCUUCUAGUCCGGAGAAUCCUACCUCGGUGCACGAAACCGCUCAAGCCUUUUACGGACCUCCUCACAGGGCGCUCGUGACGAGAGUACAAGCUGUAGCCGUAAGCUUGCCAACAUCAUUAUCGCCCUGGACCUCGAUGUCGCAAGCGAUCAGAUCCAGACCCAAGCAUUGGAGGUUAGCUAAAUAGCUAGAGAUUCCAGGAGAGCACACGGAAACAAGCUAAUGCCUAGCAGCUUAUCAGGACCAAGCGAUUCUGCACGAGGAAUAAAAACUUCCACUACGCCCCCGAUCGAUUUCUCCUAAUUGCCCUACUCAGAAGGCCCAAUGGCGAGUCCAGCCUUUCUAGCCAUUUGGUAAAUUCCAAACACAAAGUCAACCCAAGGAAGAAGCUGACGGCAGAAUAGUGUGAUUACUUUUUCAUUUCCCAUCAUCAUCCUGCUCAUGAGGGAUUCCCAGAGGAGGUCGAGCUGGAAGUUGAGUCCGAGCAAUCUGAUGUCGACUCCUUAGCUUCUGUUAUUCGAAAGGUGUCAACAACUCCACCUCCUUUCGGGGGCUCGAGAUUUCCACAAGUCAGAAAAAAUAUCCUAGUUCCUAAAGACAUAGUGGAUACCAUAAAGUCGAUGGCGGACGAUGUGACGGUUGGCAUUGAGAUCAGGAGGUAUAUGUUCGAUCUAACCGUUUUCCUAAGGAUGCAUAGAGCGGUAGCAGGCGGGAUCUCCGCCAGGGCAACGAAGGAUUUUGAGGAACUAGUGAGGCAGGUCUCCACCUCGACAUAUGUACUCUUGUCCGAUAGUCUCUGAAUGCCCUUUGCGGAUUGGGGGAAAUAUUUUUGCUGACGGGACCUAGAUGCCUUGCGCCGCUGCAUAGCCUAGAUUUCGUAACCCCAUCGCUGGCUAGCCUCGGAGUCUACAAAGUCUACAGCCACCGCAUUGAGCUUGUCGAACAUGCCGACGGCGAGCGGAGCAUACUUUGGGGAAGCCGGCCAAGCGCAAUUGCAAAGUAUUUGAGGCAUGUUGACGUUCAAGGGGUCCUAGAUGAAGUAGUCACCGGAGUUAAGGUGCCCCUA